UACGAGCGAAAGGUGGGAAAUAGCCUUAAGGUCACGUCAUGAGGAAAUUGAGAGAGUCAUGAUGAUAUCAAAUGAAUUAUACGUUAACAUCGAAUAGAAUCGUUAAAAUUUUUGUAAAGUAUCUCGAAAAUCAUGUAUAAACUUGUGACUGUGUUAUUUUAAUAUAUUUUACCAUGUGUUUUAUAAUCUUCCCAAUAAUAAUAUGACAAUCUGUGAUGUCUGAUUACGAAAUGAUUAAGUUCGUUGCUUUUAUGGAAUUAUAUUGUUGUAAUCAUGUGUGAUAAUGUAAAUAGUAAUCCAUUUGUUGGAUUGUUCUCUACUAUAAACGAUGCCGUAUUGUAUUCAACACGAGUUAUCAAUGCUGAAAAUAAUGACAAAUAUACGAGUCAAUCUAUCGAAGAAAAUAACGAUAAAGAUGAAAAAUUAUUUACCACCCAAGUAUCUGAAAGUUGUCAAAUAAAAUCAGAAAUAAUCAAUAAACUUAUGGCAGAUGUAUUUGGUUUGCGAUUAAAAUCGAAGGAAGGAACACAGAUAGAAAAAGAAUUGAUAUUUAUUGAUACUGACUCUGUAGAAAAUGCUAUUUUUGAAAGGUUAAUGAUAUCCAAUCCAAAGACUAAGCUAAUCCUACAGCGAAACUCAAAUGGAACUUAUAUCGAUGGUCAUAUUCUUGACACACAAGUUAUACCUUAUCUUUAUGAAAGUUUUUGUCGUUUGAGAAAGUAUCGAGCAAAUCAAGAAUUUUCCGAUGAUAUUAAUAAUUUACAACAUAUCAUUUUGAGGAAUGUUGCCACAGCUUUACAAGAACCGGGUUUAUUCGAAAGUCAAGAGAUUCAUUACCAAUUUAUCGCUUUAUUCAUGGAAAACAUUUCAAUAACACCCGAACUAUCUGUAUUUACUAAUGGUAUAGUAACGGAAAUAUGCUCUGGUAAUGAAGAUACAUGGGAGGAUAUUAUUAAUGUAUCUUUUAGUCCUAUUCUUGCUAUUAUUCACAAAGAAGCAGCUCAAAGCAAUCUUUUAAUAUUUCGUCAAUAUUGGUUUAGUCUUCUUUAUCUUUUUUCUUCAAUUGAACCUUUAGCAAAAUUACUUAUACACUAUAAUAAACCAAAGUCUAAUCAAGGUCGGGACUAUUCAAAUACAUUGUUAGGUGCUUUGUUUCGUUUGAGUUGUUUGCCAGAAACAAUUGAUGCAGAAUUUGAUUUUUUUGAUAAACCAUUUGAGAAGCCUACUGAUACAAUCAAGGCUAAUAUAUGGACAGCAUUGGACGCACUAAGCGAAUCGUUACAACGUAUUUUUCAUUCCUUAUUGAAAUGUUCUGCGGAAGUCCGUCAUAUGACUUUGCAAUGGAUAGGAAAUUGCCUUCAUGCAAAUGCAAAUAGGGGAAAGCUUUGGAAUUCUCAUAAUGACAUCAAUUUUGGCGCAUCAUUAUGCGUAUCAGAUGGAUUUAUGCUGAAUUUGGGGAGUAUGCUGUUGCAUCUCUGUCAACCAUUUUGUGUUAAAUUAAAUGACACAAAAAUUCCUAAAGUUGAUCCAACAUAUUGCGCAGUGGAGGCUGCAGAUGAAAAUGAAAGUCGUAUUCGCGGUUUACAUAUGAAAGGAAUGACUCAAGAAACUUGUUUGAUACCAACACCAGAAGAUCAUGUAAGACCAAUAGCAAAAUCUUUUGGUUUUGUAACAGAAUGUUUCUUUUUAACGCAUCGUGCGCUGGAUCUUGGAUAUAGAGUUGUUUUAGACAAACUAAUGAGAUCAGAACAAGACUUGGCUAGUAUUCAACGAGUUUUUAACGAUUCUCGUAAUGGUGGUAGUUCAGAAGUUAUGGAGAUGAUUACUCAACGAUUAGAAAUGGAGAUGACAAAGUAUUUGUCUUUAAAGGCUAGUUUAUUAGCUCCUGAAAUGUUGAAUCUUUUAGCCAAAUUUCAUGCAACAACAGCACACUGGUUAAUACAAGUAAAUUUAAAUGAGAUAAAUGAAGAAAAUGAUGAUGAUGAUUAUGCACCAAAGCAACAUAGGCCCCUUACAUUCCCUUUGUCAGAAAUAGUUCCAAUUACUUUAAGGUGCAUUCCUGAAUUUGUAGUGGAAAAUACAAUUGGAUUUUUAUGUUUUUUACGAAGAUUCAAUCCUUAUACCUUUGAAGAGCAAGGAGAAAGUUUGUUGAAUCCAAUAUUAACAGAGAUAAUAAUGUUAAUGGAUCAACAUCGACUUUACAAUCCUCAUUUACGUGCACGAUUAGCCGAAGGAUUAGGUUCACUUUUACCUACUACAGAGGAAGGUAUUAACCCAGGAUUAGGUCCUCUAAGAACAUUCCACAGGCAACAACUAUUUAAAACGCAUCCACAUGCUAAUCAAAUAGUUUCCCAUUUACUUCAAGUAUUCGUUAAUAUUGAAAUGACUGGGCAAAGUGUACAAUUUGAACAAAAGUUCAACUAUCGUCGACCUAUGUAUAUCGUUAUGCAAUAUUUGUGGAAAUUGCCUGAACACCGUAAUAACUUUGUCAUUUUAGCUCAAGAUGCCGAAGCCAAUAUGGAAGCCGUACAUCCACCCUUGUUUCUAUGUUUUAUCAAUCUUUUGAUGAAUGACGCUGUUUUUUUGUUAGAUGAAGCUCUUUCUAAUAUGUCACACUUAAGGCAAAUGAUUCAUGCAAGGGAAACUGGGGAAUGGAAUAAAUUACCUCAACAUGAACGUGUUCAACAAGAAAAUUACCUUCAACACAUAGGCACGAUUGCGCAGUUUGACAAUAUUUUAGGCAGAAAAACUAUACAGACGAUAAAAAUGUUGACGUCUGAAAUAAAAUCGAUUUUUUGUCAUCCAACGAUGGUAGAUCGGAUAGCUUCGAUGCUUAAUUAUUUACUGUUGCAAUUAGUUGGACCUAAUAAAAAAAAUCUUAAGGUCAAUGAUCAAAAAGAAUAUGGAUUCGAUCCAGCGAAUUUGGUGUUAGAUAUAUGUGAAAUCUAUGUUAAUUUAAGUGAAAACAAGUCAUUUACAUUGGCUGUAUCUCAGGACGGUCGUUCUUAUAGUCCUGAUCUUUUUAAAUUAGCAGAUAAUGUACUUGUUCGCAUAGGUGGUUUAGAUAUAUUAGGAGAUUUAAAUCAAUUUGCCAAAAAUGUGGAAAAAGCUGCAAAUCAAAAGAAAGAAGAAGAUGAAAUUCUAACGGAGGCUCCAGAAGAAUUUCUUGAUCCUAUUAUGUCAACUCUUAUGGUUGAUCCUGUUACUUUACCUUCAUCAAGAAUAACUAUUGACCGACAAACCAUUGCCAGACACUUAUUAAGUGAUCAGACUGAUCCAUUCAAUCGUUCUCCUCUUACUAUGGAUAUGGUAAAAUCGAAUACAGAACUAAGAAAUAAAAUACAAGAAUGGAUAGCGAAAAAAAAAGAAGAUAUAUCAUUUAAAAUUUAACGAUGUUAUUUUCUUAGAAUAAAAAUGUACAAAUAUAUUACUUUUCUCUGUGUGUAAUAUUCGGGAUAAAGUCAUUGUAUAGAUUUACAUAUAAGUAAUAGAAGUAUACACAACAUAUAAAUUUAUUAAUACUAUUUCGCAGACCAUUUUAGUUCUUAAUUAUAUAUGUGUGUGUAUAUAUAUAUAUGUAUAUAUAUACAUACAUACACACAUACAUACAUCAGUUGAGGGAAGAGGUAUUUUAUUCCGUAAUUGAAUGUAUAACACUUUAUAAAAUAAAUUUUUUGAACAUUACCACAGACUUAAAAAUAAUAUAGUAUAAAAAAUAUAUUAUAUAUUUUUAUUUAAUAUUGUAGGUAAUUGGAUAAAUUUCAUCUAUAAUUCAUAAAAAUAAUUUAAUUGCAUUAAAUUUGUACAAAUUAUUAUUAUCCUAUCUAAAGUUACAAAUUAUUUAUAAGUUCAUCAAAAGUUGUAACAAACCAUUUUGAAUUUAAUUUAACACUUUCUCUAAUUACAUUUCCUCCGAAACCUAUAAUUAAAAUUUAUAUAUCAUAGUGUAAAAAAAAAAAAUAAUUGUAAAUAUUAUAAAUUAUCAUCGAAUUGAACAACUUUUGUAUAACAAUUUUUAUUAUAUUUUUUAAAUUAAAUAUAUAUACCUAUAAAUGCAUCUGCUGGAGGAGAAGCCUCUAAAUCUGUUGCGCCAUCUCCAACAUGAACAAUAGUUUCAAAUCCUCUUUCUUCUUUCAGAAGACGAAUAACUUCAGCUUUACCACCACUUUUUGAUGUCAGUUCAUUUUCAUCAAAACCCGCAUAAUCUCCUAAAUAUAAAACAUAUUCUUUAUUCUUAUUUUUAAUCCUCUUUUAAUUAUUAUUUUUUAAGGAGAAAUAAUAUACUAACCUGUAAAAUAAAAUUUAAGUCUAUUUGCAUAAAUAUUUUUGGAUGGUAUAUCAAGUUGUUCUGCAACCGAACGUAUUAAACAAUGGAAUCCUCCAGAAACAAGAAAUACUUCCUUUUUAUGUGAAUGCAAUGCUUUUACCAAAUUUCUGUAAUAUUAAUAUGUUAUCAAUAAAUCUAAUAUAUUGUAUAACACUUUUAUGUAAUAAUAUAUUAUAAAAAUGUAUUACUUUAUUCCCGGAGUAAGCUGUGGAGGAUGUACUUGUAUAAAUUCUUUAAUCUGUGUUAUACUAGGUCUUAUAAUACCUAAUCUUACUGAAAGAGAUUGUUGAAAUGUCAUAUUUCCUUGCAUUGCUUGCUUUGUUCUAGAAUAUUGUAAAAAUAAUAUAUUAUAAAUUAUGAAAUUGAUCUGUUAAACAUAAUUAAAUUUCAGAUCAUUUUUUUCACAGAUAAUGCAUUGAAACAUUUUUAAAUGUACUCACAAUUCAGUAACUUGUUUGCCUUUGCCACAAAAUUUGGCAAGUUCAUCUAUGCCCUCAUCUUUGAUGACAGUAGAAUCUACGUCGAAAGUUAUUGCAUCAGCAAUUCUCCAAAUAGUUUUUAUUUUUUCUAAAUUUUCCAUGUGUGCUUCUAUUGUUUAAAAAAAUGUAUGUAAUAAUCAAAACAUAUUAUAUAAAAACAUUUGUAUAAUGUUA